CACUGGCAGUCAUCAGGGACGACUGUUUGUUGGUUGUAAUUUAUUUUCGUCUUUGGUUCUACGUUCUAUCGUAAUGAUUAUUUUAUAAAUAUAAUAAGUACCUACUUAUUGUGAUUGUGAUAGCGUUUAGAAGUUUGUGAAAUUAAUAUUUUGUUAACAUUAUCAAAGAGAACUUUGAUGUUGUGGUUUUAGUGAUAAUAGUUUUUACAAUUUUAAGUUGCCACGAUGAAGUGUCUAGUGCUAGUGUUGUCGAUUCUGUCCGUCUCAUACGGAUACAAGAUUCUGGGUAUCUUCCCGGUGCCUUCACGUAGUCACGGUUUGCUGGCCAAGGGAAUCGUGGAUGCUCUGUUGAAUGCAGGACAUGAGGUAACUUGGGUAUCACCCUUCACAGACUGGAAAACUCAUAAAAACCUGAAACUGGUCGAUGUUAGUGACACAAUCAAACUGGUCGAGGGCAUUGACAUGACGCAGCAGAGGGAUGAACUCAAUUUCGUGAAGGAAUUCGCCAAGAACAUAACGACUAUCACCAACAAGAACCAGCGGCUUCGAGAGCUGGUCACCAGGGAGAACUUCGACGCGGUCGUCACUGAAUGGUUCUUCUCAGACACCGACGCCGGCUACGCAGCCGUGCAGCAGGCUCCGUGGAUCAUGCUCAAUGGUAUGGUCCUCCACCCCCACGUGGAGGGGCUGGUGGAUGAGGUUAGGUCCAUCUCCACCAUUCCCAUGAUGAUGUUCGACUUCCCCAUGCCGAUGACCUUUUGGCAACGACUCCUCAACACCUUCACCUAUAUCUCCAUGACCGCGUCGAUGAAGUUAGAAGAAUCGUCAACCGCGGCGCGGUACGAGUCACAGUUCGCGUCUUUGGCGAACGCGAGACGCGUUCAGCUGCCGCCGUUCAGCGAGGCAGUGAACAACGUGUCAAUACUGCUGGUGAACUCACACCCCUCCAUCGCUAGCGCACUCUCCUUACCUCCUAAUGUUAUCGACAUCGCUGGCUACCACAUCGACGAGGCGCAGCCCUUGCCUAAGGACAUCCAAGACAUCCUGGACUCGUCUCCACAAGGAGUGGUCUACUUCAGCAUGGGUUCAGUAGUGAAGUCGUCGAAACUCCCUGCUCACACCCGCAAAGACCUCAUCGAGAUGCUCGGCAGUGUCCCCUACACAGUGCUGUGGAAGUUUGAAGAGGAUAUCCAGGGACUACCCAAGAACAUAGUAGCCCGGAAGUGGUGGCCGCAAGCUAGUGUUUUAGCCCAUCCUAACGUGAGACUGUUCAUCACACACGGAGGGAUGUUGAGCACUCUUGAAGCCAUCCAUUACGGAGUACCUCUCCUAGCAGUACCGGUCUUCGGAGACCAGCCCAACAACGCGCAGCGCGCCGUGCGGUCUGGCUACGCGUUAUCAGUACCAUACAACCCGGAUAUGGGGCCAGAGCUGAAAGUAGCUUUGAAUAAGAUGCUUAAUGAUGACAGUUAUUAUAAGCAAGCGAAAUUCCUGUCAAAGUUGUUCAACAGCCGUCCGGUGCCUCCCUCCAAGCUCAUUUCACAUUACAUCGAGUUGGCGAUUGAGAGCAAAGGAGCGAAUCACCUCCGUUCAAAGACGUUCCUCUACUCCUGGUACCAGCGCUGGAUGGUUGACCAGCUGGCUUUCGUACUCUUAGUCCUGUACAUCGUCUACGCAGCUGCUACAAGAAUAAUUUGCAAACUCUUCUGCGGAGAGAAGACUAAAGAAGUUAAGAAAAAAGUGAAGAAGAAUUAAGCAGUGUUUCAUAAUUCUCGUUAGUGAAAACACUUUUAGGGGUGAUUCAGACCAUUAUUCUGAGUUGAUAUCAACUGAAAAUAAAUAAAUUCAAAAAACACAAAAAAUUUUAUGAUUUUUCCGACAGGAAAUUGCUAUUUAUAUCAACUUAGAAUCAUGGUCUGAAUUAUCCGUCUCAGUAUUCGUUACGAUGUCACUAACAUCCUGUAUAUAGGUUUACCCACCUACCAGUCAGUGGAUUAAUUAGGUACCACCUACUAAGUACAAAUAUAAUCAAAGUCUUUGUGAUAACAAGUGCCUUCUAAAUAAUAAAAUAAUGUUUUUUA